UUGCCCUGACGCAACCACGACAGUGUCACCUGCACGAAUUGCCAAACAAACCUCAAGUGGAAAAAUGAUGAAAUUACGCAAACACUUCCACAAAUCCCUAGCGAUUCUACAAACGCCCCUCAGAAAGCGUUAUUCGACUCAGCGACUGAGCGCCAAAUGCAUCAAAGGAAGUGGAGAUAUAUCGCAAAAAUAUCCCAUAGUAAAUCACCAAUACGAUUGCAUAGUCGUAGGCGCCGGAGGAGCCGGAUUGAGAGCCUCCUUUGGCCUAGUUAUGAACGGCUUCAAGACCGCCUGCAUCACCAAGCUCUUCCCUACCAGAUCGCACACUGUGGCGGCCCAAGGAGGGAUCAACGCCGCCCUCAGCAACCUUGAGGACGAUUACUGGGUGUGGCACCACUACGACACAGUCAAAGGAUCUGAUUGGAUUGGGGACCAAAACGCCAUCCACUACAUGACCAAGGAGGCCCCAACCUGCAUCCAAGAGCUGGAGAAUUGGGGAAUGCCAUUUUCCCGAACGAAAGAUGGGCGCAUCUACCAGCGGGCGUUUGGGGGCCAAACGCUGCAGUUUGGAGAUGGGGGCCAAGCUCAUCGCACAUGUGCUGCAGCGGACGCCACUGGCCACUACAUGCUGCAUACGCUCUAUGGACAAGCCUGCAGGCAUAACGUGGAGUUUUUCAUCGAAUACUUCGUGCUGGAUCUGCUGAUGGCUGAUGAUGAAUGCCGCGGGGUUCUGGCCUGGAGCUUAGAGGAUGGCUGCAUCCACAAAUUCUGGGCGAAAAACACCGUGAUUGCCACCGGCGGGUUUGAACGCGCUUACUUUUCCUGCACAGCUGCUCACACCUCCACUGGGGAUGGAACCGCCAUGAUCACUCGCACUGGGCUUCCGCUUCAAGACUUGGAGUUCAUCCAGUUCCACCCGACAGGGGUUUAUGGGGUGGGCGUCUUGAUAACAGAAGGCGCGAGAGGCGAAGGCGGAUUCCUCACCAACGGCCAAGGGGAGAGAUUCAUGGAGCGCCAUGCGCCUAAGGCCAAAGACUUGGCCUCCAGGGACGUGGUUGCCAGAGCGAUGACUGUGGAAAUCAUGGAAGGAAGAGGCUGCGGCCCUAACAAGGACUACAUCAACCUCCAGCUGCACCACCUCCCGAAGGAAACCAUCGAGAGGCAGCUGCCGGGGAUACGACAAUCAGCCUUCACCUUCGCGGCUGUUGAUAUCCUACGGGAACCCAUUCCGGUGAUACCAACAGUCCAUUACACAAUGGGAGGCAUCCCCACCAACUACAAAGGGCAGGUGAUGACUCAAGUCGCUCCAGGCAAGGACCAAUUGGUCAGAGGGCUCUACGCGUGUGGGGAGUGUUCUUCUGUGGGAGUUCAUGGCGCAAACAGAUUGGGGGCGAAUUCCCUGCUGGAAACUGUCGUGUUUGGAAAAGCUGUAGCUGAAAGCAUCACCGCAACAGACUGUCCGGGCGCCGCAGUGCGAACGGACGAUUCCAUCGGAGGAGAAGCUUUGCAGAACUUCGAUCGGAUGCGGUACAGCAAAGGCAAGCACACGGUUGGCCAGUUGAGGCUGCAGCUCCAAAAGCAUAUGCAAAAAUACGCGGCUGUCUUCAGAACAGAGGCCACUUUAAGCGAAGGCGUGUGCAGAGUGGCGGAGCUGUACAAGGAAAUUGAUAACGUGCAAAUGCACGACCAUGGCAUGAUUUGGAACACGAACCUGGUGGAAUAUUGCGAGCUGAAGAAUCUGUUCAUCAACGCUCUGCAGGCGAUAAUGGCCAUGGAGGCAAGGACAGAAUCUCGGGGGGCGCAUGCAAGGGACGACUGCAAAAUCAGGGUUGAUGAGUACGAUUACUCCAAGCCGGUGAGGAACCAGAGGAAAAGGCCCUUUGAGGAGCACUGGAGGAAGCACACGCUGAGCUGGAUGGACGCUGAAACCGGAGAAGUUUGCCUGACUUAUCGCGCUGUAAACGAUUGCACCUUAGAUGAAAGGGAAUGCCCAUCAAUUCCCCCGAAGAUUAGGGCUUAUUAACCAACAACGUUGAGUUUUAUUAUUAUUAUCGAAACAUACUUUCCUGACUGUUUCAAUUCCAAAUCAAAAUCAAUUC